AUGGAAACAUUGGCUCUUCUUGUCAUUCUUGUCGUCCUCUUUCAUGUUCUACGAAGAUCUCUCAUAUUUCCGGGUUGGAAGUCGAGAAAUGAUCUCCCAAAAACCUACCCCAUCAUCGGAUGUUUGGUUUCGUUUUAUAUCAACCGGAACCGGUUACUGGAUUGGUAUACCGAACUCCUAACCAAAUGCCCCGGCCGGACUGUCGUCAUCCGCCGCCUCGGGGCCCGGCGAACCAUUGUCACGGCCAAUCCAGCGAACGUCGAGUAUAUUCUCCGAACAAACUUCGAUAAUUUCCCGAAAGGCAAACCCUUCACGGAGAUCCUGGGAGAUUUUCUGGGCCACGGAAUUUUCAACGUGGACGGAGACCUUUGGAUGAAGCAGCGGAGACUUGCGACACACGAUUUCACCGUCGUUUCUCUUAGAGACUACGUCACAGUUCUAAGAGACGAGGUCCAUAAUCGGCUUUUGCCUUUCUUGGAUUCAGUAGCAGAAGAUUCGCGACCAAUCGAUCUUCAGGAACUCUUACGGAGAUUCACGUUCAACAUGGUCUGCAUGGUUUUUCUAGGGAUCGCUCGGUGCAGUUUAGACCCUUCGUUGCCGGUUUCCGCGUUGGACAAAGCGUUUCAGACAGCGUCCGCGAUUAGCGCCAAACGCGGUUCCGAGCCGCUGUUCUUCGUGUGGAAGGUUAAAAGGUGGGUCCGGAUCGGAUCUGAGAGAAAGCUCAGGAGAGCCAUCGAAGAAGUGCACAGCUGUGUCCGCGACAUCAUCCGGGAGAAGAAGACAAAGAUCACCAUGUCUGAGAAUCCAGAUUUUCUGGCAAGGUUGAUUCUGGCGGGAGAAAGUGAAGAAAUGGUGAGAGACAUGGUGAUCAGUCUGAUAAUGGCUGGGAGAGACACCACCUCCGCCGCUAUGACCCGUCUGUUCUGGUCAAUCACCGAUCGUACCGAAAUUGAACGAGAGCUGGUUAGCGAGAUUAUGUCGGUUAAGGAUAAAACCGGAGAUUUCGAUUACGAGUCGUUGAGGAAGCUGAAAUUCUUGAAAGCUUGUUUGUGCGAAGCAAUGCGACUGUACCCUCCGGUGCCGUGGGAUUCUAAACACGCCUUAACCGAUGACCGGUUACCGGAUGGUACGCCGGUACGGGCCGGAGACCGGGUUACGUAUUUCCCCUACGGAAUGGGGAGAAUGGAGGAUAUCUGGGGGAAGAACUGGGACGAGUUUAAACCGAACCGGUGGUUUACCGGUAAGGUGUUGAAGAAAGUGAGUCCCUAUAAGUUCCCGGUUUUCCAGGCCGGUCCGAGGGUCUGUCUCGGGAAGGAGAUGGCGUUUCUGCAGAUGAAGUACCUGGUGGCGGAGGUCCUCCAUCGGUUUGAGAUCAUACCGGCUGGUUUUGAUAAACCGGUUGUUGUGCCGAUGCUUACAGCGCACAUGGCGGGUGGGCUGAAAGUCUUCGUUCGCCGGAGAGACCGGUCAAGAUGCAGAGGCGUGACCGGUCAAUGCUUAUGA